CCAGAGGGGUGACGGGUGGUAAGAGGGGUGACACAGGCGGGUAACGAGCAGCACCGGGAGUGACACCGGGGGAGCACGGGCAGCACCGGGCGGGGAUCGGCGCUAGGACCCGGCGUGGCGGGGCCCGCCCGGAUUCCAGGCUGGCUCCCGGUGUGACGUCACGCCCGGUCCCGGCCCCUUGCGCUCGGGAAAAUGCUGCUCUCGGUGCCGCCGCGCUCGGGGCUCCCCGCCUUCGCCUACAACAAGGGCGGCAAGAAGCAGCCCUAUGUGCCCCCGGCACAGCCCCUGGGCCCCCCCAGCCCCAGCCCCGCCGGGGGGGCCCCGGACCAGCUCAGCAAGACCAACCUCUACAUCCGGGGGCUGCACCCUGGCACCACAGACCAGGACCUGGUCAAGCUCUGCCAGCCCUAUGGGAAGAUCGUCUCCACCAAAGCCAUCCUGGACAAGACAACCAACAAGUGCAAAGGUUAUGGUUUUGUGGACUUUGAUAGCCCCACAGCCGCCCAAAAGGCUGUGACGGCGCUGAAGGCCAGCGGGGUGCAGGCGCAGAUGGCCAAGCAACAGGAGCAGGACCCCACCAACCUGUACAUCUCGAACCUGCCGCUGGGUGUGGAUGAGCAGGAGCUGGAGGCGCUGCUGAAGCCCUUUGGGCAGGUGGUCUCCACCCGCAUCCUGCGGGACCCCCACGGGGCCAGCCGGGGGGUGGGCUUUGCACGGAUGGAAUCCACGGAGAAGUGUGAGGCUGUCAUCACCCACUUCAACGGGAAGUUCAUCAAGACCCCCCCGGGGGUGCCAGCCCCCCCAGACCCCCUGCUCUGCAAGUUCGCUGAUGGGGGGCAGAAGAAGCGGCAGAGCCAGGGCAAGUUCGUGUCCAACGGCAGAACCUGGGCCCGGGACGGCGACACGGGCACCGUGACCUUGGCCUACGACCCCGCGACGGCGCUGCAGAACGGGUUCUACCCGGCGCCCUACGGACUGGCCCCUGGCCGGAUGCUCCCCCCCGCCGCCCUGGCCCCCUACCUGCCCUCCCCAGUGUCCUCCUACCAGGUCCAUGGCCCCACCUGGAUGCACCAGUCCUACCUCGUGCAGCCCACGGGCGCGGUGCUGGCCCCUGCCGUGGACCACGCUGUCCCCCUCCAGCCCUCUGUGGGCUGGCCCCCCUGGCCCAGCAGCUCGGCCACCUCUCUGGGCAGCGCUGGCACGUAUGUCCCUGCUGCCGCCGCCGUCCCCGGAGCCUUCAUCCCUCCGUAUCCACCGGUGCCCCCCGCCCUCCCGCUGGAGGACGGCGGAGCCGCCCCGACCCACGGCCCCAUCGAGUCACCGUCCGAGCCCGGCGCCUUCCCCUACCCCUACCGCCAAGUAGCGGCGGGGGGGGCCCGGCCGGAGGGACCCUCCCCCCCUCGGCUCCUCCGGGAGGGGCCGCGCCGGGACCCCCGCCCGGUGCCCCCCAUCCCGCCUCGGGAAAGCUCUGAGCCCGGGGUGGGGUGGGGAGGGGGUCCCGGCGCUGGGGAAGGGGUGGGGGUCCCCGCUGCCCCCCGCCACUUUCCACCCCCACCUCCCCCUCGGAGGGCUUUGUCUUCCUCCCGCGUUUUCUAAAAAACUAAAAAAAGUGGAAAAAAAAGAAACAAACAGAAAAACCCAAAAAAACCACACAUAGCAAGGAAAAAAAAAAGAAAAAAAAAGGCCGAAAAAAAAAAAAAAAAGUUAAAAACGGCAAAAGCCGCUGCCGCGCGCUGCCCCGGGCGGGGGGGGGGCCGGGG